ACAUGAGGGAGGCUUGAGUGACAGGAUACAUCUGAUUGGUCCUGUUUGUUCUGUAUAUAGUGAUGUCGUCUACCACACAGAACUCACCUCUCUGUUUUACACCAUAGUCUCAGGAUCACGGUAUUUACAACAUGAGACCCAGGAGAACAAGCUGAAGAGGGAGGCAUCAGCUGGUGAGCUUGAGUUGAAGAUGGAAAAAGAAUUAAAAAAUAAAUUAAGACAGGAGAUGAUGAAACAACUAAAGGAGAAAGACACACAGCUCGAUGAUAUGACCCAGGAAGUGAGAGAGAAAGAGAGACUCCUGGAGGAGAAGAACCAGAUAAUGGAACAGAGGGAGAAACUAUUAGAAGAGAAAGAAAACCAACUGGAAGAGAAAGACAAGCAACUAAAGGAUAGAGACAUUCAACUAGAGGACAGAGACCACAGACUGGGAGAUGAAGACAAGCAACUAAAGGAUAGAGACAUUCAACUAGAGGACAGAGACCACAGACUGGGAGAUGAAGACAAGGAACUAAAGGAUAGAGACAUUCAACUAGAGGACAGAGACCACAGACUGGGAGAGAAGGACACACUACUGGAAGAGAGAGACAAACUACUGAAGGAUAGAGACAUUCAACUAGAGGCUCUUAGAAAGAACCUGCAGGACAAGAACAGCCAAGUAGAGAACUUCAGAGUCCUACUGCAGGAAAAAUACCUUCAACUAGAGGACAGGAACCACAGACUGGGAGAGAAGGACAGACUACUAGAAGAGAGAGACAAACUACUGGAGGGAAAAGAUCUUCACCUAGAGGACAGAAACUAUAGACUGGGAGAGAAGGACAGACUACUGGAAGAGAGAGACAAACUACUGAAGGAAAAAGACCUUCAACUAGAGGACAGGAACUAUCGACUGGGAGAGAAGGACAGACUACUGGAAGAGAGAGACAAACUACUGAAGGAAAAAGACCUUCAACUAGAGGACAGGAACUAUCGACUGGGAGAGAAGGACAGACUACUGGAAGAGAGAGACAAACUACUGAAGGGAAAAUACCUUCAACUAGAGGACAGCAACCACAGACUGGGAGAGAAGGACAGACUACUGGAAGAGAAAGAGGACCAACUAAAGGAAAAGGACCUUCAACUAGAAGACAGGAACCACAGACUGGGAGAGAAGGACAGACUACUGGAAGAGAAAGAGAACCAACUAAAGGAAAAAGACCUUCAACUAGAAGACAGGAACCACAGACUGGGAGAGAAGGACAAACUACUGGAAGAGAAAGAGAACCAACUAAAGGAAAAAGACCUUCAACUAGAAGACAGGAACCACAGACUGGGAGAGAAGGACAGACUACUGGAAGAGAAAGAGAACCAACUAAAGGAAAAAUACCUUCAACUAGAAGACAGAAACCACAGACUGGGAGAGAAGGACAAACUACUGGAAGAGAAAGAGGACCAACUAAAGGAAAAAUACCUUCAACUAGAGGACAGGAACCACAGACUGGGAGAGAAGGACAAACUACUUGAAGAGAGAGACAAACUACUUGAAGAGAGAGACAAACUACUUGAAGAGAGAGACAAAGAACUGGAAGAGAGGAGACAGGAACUAAAAGAGAGGAGACAGGAAGUAGAAGAGAGGAUACAGGAAGUAGAAGAGAAAGACAACCUACUCGAGGAGAGAGAGAAGCAGUUAAAGGAAAGAGACAAACUACUGGAAGAGAGAGACAAACUACUGGAACUACUGGAAGAGAGAGACAAAGUACUGGAGGGAAAAGGAAAUGAACUAGAAGAGAGGAGACAGGAAGUAGAAGAGAGGAGACAGGAAGUAGAAGAGAAAGACAACCUACUAGAGGAGAGAGAGAAGCAGUUAAAGGAGAGAGACAAACAGGUGGAGGAUGUCAACAAUGAAAAUGCUGAACUGGCUCAACAGAUAUGUGAUGUGAAGACUGAGGUAGAGAGACUGAGAAGAGAGAUCUCAGCCCAGAUGACUGAACAUGGAGAGACGUCAGAUACAGGUUCCAUCCUCCCAGUCAGGAGGAGACACAGCAUGGAGUUUCCUCCACUUAUGGGAGGAGAGAGCAGCAGUCCAGACUCCCCAGUGUCUCCCAGUGUGUCUGAGCUGAGACUGGUGCUGCUGGGGAGGACUGGGGCUGGGAGGAGUGCAGCAGGAAACACCAUCCUGGGCAGAGAGGAGUUUGGGGCCCAGGCCAGCCCCUCUGCAGUGACCCAGAGGAGUAAGAGGAGAGAGGGGGACGUGUGUGGGAGACGGCUGGUGCUGGUGGACACUCCAGACUGGUUCUGUCCUGGACUCUCUCUGGAGGAGAUGAGACAGGAUGUGGGGCUCUGUGUCCGUCUGUCUGCCCCAGGACCCCACGCCUUCCUCCUGGUCAUACCAGUGGAGCCCUCUAAGGGGGAUGAGAGAGGGGUGCUGGAGAGAAUGGAGGACAUGUUUGGGGAGGGUUGUUGGGAACACACUGUGAUUCUAUUCACCCAUGAUGAUGGCCUGAAAGAGCAGAGCAUUGAGGAGUUUCUCCAAACAGGAAGUCAGGACCUCCAGCAGCUUGUAGAGAAAAGUGGGAGCAGGUACCACGUCCUCAACAUUAAGGACAGGGACCACGGCACUCAGAUAUCAGAGCUCCUGGAUCAGGUAGAGGAGAUGGUGGCAGGAAACAGAGAGAGAUUCUACAGCAGUCAGACCUACCAGGAGGCAGAGGACCAGGUUAGAGAGAUGGAGGGAAACAUCCAGAGAGAGAGAGGAGAGAGGAAACAGAGGGAGGAGAGAGACUUGAGAGAGAGGCUUCAGAAGGAGUUGCAGGACUCUCUGAUAAAGAUAGAGGGAGUGAUCCAGGAACAUGAGGGAGAUAUCAGAACACUCAGUGAAAGAACCAGUGAACUGGAGAGACAGGUGAAAGAAGAGAGGGAUGAGAAGAAGAAAAGAGAGCUGGAGAGGGAGCUGAAGAGGGAGUCUGAUAGGAGGGAGGAGAUGGAGAGAAAGCAGGAGAGAUUUAGAGAGAAGAGAGAGAAUGAGAGGAGGGAGAUGGAGGAGAGACACAGACAGGAGAUGGAGAACUAUGAAGGAGAGGCCAGAGUUGAAGCAGAGAGAAACCUGAUGAAGAUAGUCCUGCCUGAGUUACAGAGGAACAUCAUGAUCUCACAGACAAAGAUACAGAGGGAGUUCAGCAGACAGAUGGAGGAGAAGAAUAGACAGAUGAAGGAGAAGGAUAGAGAGAUAAAGAGACUGAAACAGAACUCAGAGGAGGUGUAUAUAACCAGUGAGAUGAGCAGGCAACAUGCACAGCGAGAACCAAUAGGAAUUAGAGGAGGAAGAGACGGAAGAAGGAUGAGUAGGAUGAGACGACUGUUUUGUGUAGGGGUUAGAGAGGAGACCAGAUAGAGACAACUGUUUUGUGUAGGGGUUAGAGAGGAGACUAGAUAGAGACAACUGUUUUGUGUAGGGGUUUGAGAGGAGACCAGUUAGAGA